AUGCUAGCUUCUUGGAUGGAAGAGAAUAAACCCACUAAGUGGUCGAAUGGACUUAAAUUUGUUCAAUUCAUGAAGAACAGACCAUUUCAGUCAGCGAUAAAGCAGUCUCCGUAUCAAGCAAUGUUUGGAACGGAACCUAAAGUAGGGCUAAGAACAUCUAAUCUACCUUUGGAAAUUAUAAGCGGAUUACAUAACGAACAAGACUUGAAAGUUGCAAUGCCAGAAAUGAAUCAAAACUUCGAUGAUAAUGAAGAGAACCAAGACAAACAAGAAAAAAUUGAAACAAAAAAAAAAAAUAGAAACGAAUCAAUGAUAUUGGAAGCAAGAGAAAAAUCUCAUUUGAAUUUAGUAAAACAAGCAAAGAUAAUAAAACUAGCAAGCGAUCAAUCUCAUCCACCACUGAAAGUUGGAGACAAUGUGACCAUACCAAUCCCAGAUGUAGACAAAGGAAAGGCAGACCUUCGUAAGUUAAUUGAAGUUGAUUGA